UUUCCCGGUUGUAGAGAAAAUUGAAAGGCAGACGAAAGCAAAGAGAAAUUCCCAAAUAAGAAGAAACCAAAACUGAAAUUGAAAGAAAAUAAAGAAAGAAUGGCGUUGAAAUUGAAUCACUUCCCACAAAAACUCCUAUGUUUUGGUCUUCCGGCAAUGGCUACUUUCUCAUCUCCCAAGUUUUUCAUGGCCUCCACUCUCCCUUCUGCCUCCAAGGAAGGUGAAAAUCUGAAAAAGACAUAUAUGCCUCGUCGACAUAUGCAUGUUCAAGUCACACAUUCGAUGCCCCCGCAAAAGAUCGAGGUGUUUAAAUCUUUGGAGAACUGGGUAGAGGAAAACCUUUUAAGUCUCCUAAAGCCAAUUGACAACAAUUGGCAACCCCAGGAUUUUCUUCCAGAUCCUACGUCUGAUGGGUUCUAUGAUCAAAUCCAAGAGAUACAGGAAAGAACCAAGGAGAUCCCGGAUGAUUACUUUGUUGUUUUGGUUGGUGAUAUGAUCACAGAGGAAGCCCUUCCAACUUACCAGACGUUGCUUAACACCAUGGAUGGAACUAGUGAUGAAACAGGUGCUAGCCUUACUCCUUGGGCCAUUUGGACGAGGGCAUGGACCGCUGAAGAAAACAGGCAUGGCGAUCUACUUAAUAAGUAUCUCUACUUGUCCGGAAAGGUCGACAUGAGGCAAAUCGAGAAGACAAUCCAGUAUUUGAUUGCUUCAGGAAUGGACUCGAAGAGCGAAAACAACCCAUAUCUGGGAGCCAUCUACACAUCAUUCCAAGAAAGGGCAACUUUUAUUUCCCAUGGAAACACUGCAAAACUCGCUAAGGAGUAUGGGGACACUGAGUUGGCUAAAAUAUGUGGUUUCAUUGCCGCGGAUGAAAAGCGGCACGAGACAGCCUAUACCAAACUUACUGACAAGCUGUUUGAGGUAGAUCCUGACGAAACCGUUCGAGCCUUUGCCAACAUGAUGAGGAAGAAAAUCACGAUGCCUGCUUACUUGAUGUACGAUGGGCAAGACGAAAACCUUUUCGACCACUUCUCGGCUGUUGCACAAAGACUUGGGGUUUACACUGCUUCCGACUAUGCUAAUAUUGUGGAGUUCUUGGUGGAUCGAUGGAACGUGAAGGAAUUAACUGGACUUUCAGCUGAUGGGCGUAAAGCUCAGGAUUUUGUAUGUAAUCUUGCUCCAAAAAUUAGAAAAUUGGAAGAGAGAUUUCAAUUAAGAGCAAAGCAAGCGUCAGGUCUUCCCUUCAGUUGGAUUUUUAAUAGAGAAGUCAUGCUCUAAAGUCUUGAAACAGCAACUAUGGACUUUUUUUAUUUUCCUGCCAAUGUGAUCUUAUCUUUCAAGUAAAA